AUGGAUUAUUUAGUGCUACAAAAUAGACCAUCAACGGAAAACGCUCUUACACAAACUGAAGAAAUAGGUAUACCACUUGUCAGCAAAAAUGUUCGAACACAAACAGAAUUAACAACAAUUGGAACUGAUAAUGAAACAAUGCAAUAUCGAAGAAAAUCAAAAAGGAGAUCAGCCAAAGUCAUUAGUGAUCCAUCAAGUCUUUUGAUGAAUGUAACAUAUCAAAACAUCGAUGACAAUGAUACAGGUAGUCGAAAUUCAGAACUCUUACCAGAACUAUUAGAAGAAGAUGCAAAUAAUUUCAAUGAAGACUCUGCUGACACUGAUCAACGGAGAGGAGAAUCUAAUGGAACAGGACAAAAACUAACAGAUACCAGUACUCCUGAUGAAACAGAACCGUCAACAGAACCUAUACUUGACUAUGCUAAUGAACCACUUUUACCACUUGCUGAAGCAUGUGCUCCUCUUAAUGAUAUUCUACAUAAUAUAUCAUUUUAUGUUAAAUUAGCAUUAGAAGAAACACCUUCACCACCACUUGAUAAUCUUACUGUUGAUGAAAGUGCUGCUAUUCGUUUAUAUACGAUUGAAUGGGAUCGACCACAUCGAAGUCUUUAUUCAUCGCUUAAUUAUACUCUUAAAACUCAACCUCGUGAAAAACUUAUACCUUACCACAAAUAUAUGAAGUUAUUCAUCACUGCUCUUGUCAAACUUCCAUGUGUUCCUCCUUGUACUGUUUGGAGAGGAGUGACACAAGAUUUGAGUGCAGAGUUUCCACCUGGCACUCCUGUCACUUGGUGGGCAUUUUCAUCUACUACAACUGAAUUAACUGUACUAGAAAAUAACAUGUAUUUGGGUGCUAGUGGAAGUCGAACUCUAUUUUCUGUUGAAGCUAUAAAUGGUCGAACUAUUAAAGCACAUUCACAUUUUGUUACUGAAGAUGAACUUCUUCUUCUCCCUGGUACUUAUAUGGUUGUUCAAUCACUCUUUAGUCCAGCACCUGAUCUUAAUAUCAUUCAUCUGAAACAAGAGAUACCUAAAGAUGUUUUAUUACAACCACCAUAUGAAGGUGCACAUAUUUUUCCAAAACUAAAACGUUCAUGGUAUAAAAAGAAAAGAUUUGCUAUUCCAUUGGUUUUGUCAAUUAUAGCAGUUAUUACGGCAGCUAUUAUUGGUGUUGUUAUGGGAUUAAAAUCUGCAAAGAGUGUACAAGUAUGCACAGCACCAUAUGUAGGAACUGUAACUUACUUUCAAACUGGUAACUUUCCAACUUCUGGCAUCGUGGGCAUAUUCGAUAUCGAUACGAACUUAGAUAUCAUCGUAGCAAAUCAACAAGAUGACGAAAUUGUUUUAUUAUAUGGUGAUGGACUAGGGAAUUUUCCAUCGCAGUCCAAAGUUAGAACUCUUCCACAACCUGUCUCAGUAAUAUUUUACGAUUUGAACAAUGAUGGUUCAUUAGAUCUCAUAAUAGUGUAUGAGGGUGAUAAUAGUGUUGGUGUGCGACUUGGGAAUGGUGAUAGUACCUUCCAAGAAAGAAUUACUAACCCAGUUGGUAAACGACCAGAAUCUGUAACAAUAGGUGAUUUCGAUCUUGAUGGUACACAAGACUUAGCAGUAGUCAACAGUGUUGAUAAUACUAUUAGUAUUCUUAUUGGAAUCGGAUUUGGAAAAUUUGCAUCGCAACAAGUUUACCCUGUUGGUCAUAAUCCAAUCACAGUAUUAGCAGGAAAUUUCAAUAAUGAUGGCCUACCUGAUCUUGCUGUUGUUAAUACUGGUGAUAACUCUGUCGGCAUACUUUUUGGAUAUAUGAAUGGAGAAAAUGUAGGUUUGAUGCCUCCACAAACGUUUCAAGUUGGUUUAUAUCCAAGAGGUGGCAUAGUAAAUGAUAUUGAUAAUGAUAGUCAUCUCGAUCUGGCAACAGUUAACUAUAAUGCUGCAUCCAUCAGUAUCUUGUUUGGGUAUGGAAAUGGUAGUUUUGAACCACAAAGGAUAUAUUCUGUUGGUAAUAGUCCACGUACUCUGACCACAUAUGACUUUAAUAAUGACUCCAUUUUGGAUCUAGCUAUAGCAAACUAUUUAGAUAAUACAAUCAGCAUACUAAUUGGUAGUGGAAAUCGAACCUUUCAACCUCAAGUAAUUUAUAGUGCUGGUCAAACUCCAUAUAGUAUCAUAUCAGAUAAUUUUAAUAAUGAUAACAUUAGAGAUUUAGCAGUGACUAACUAUGGAGUAAAUACUAUCAAUAUAUUGUUUGGUAUAGGUAAUGGUACUUUCCAAUCACCACAGUCAUAUCCUGUUGGUAAUGUGCCGGUAUCUAUUACAUCAGGUGAUAUUGAUAAUGAUGGUGUGGCAGACAUUGCAGUAGUUAAUUAUGUUGAGAGUACUAUUAGUUUAUUACUCGGUGACAGCAAUACAUCUUUUCCAAUAAAUCCAAGGUAUGGCACUGGUAGUCAACCAAGUUAUAUAGCAGCAAAUGAUUUUAAUAAUGAUACUAUUGUGGAUCUAGCAAUUACUGACUAUAAUGAUGGAUGCGUAAGCAUUCUUCUUGGCAAUAAAGAUAAAACAUUUCCAACUCAAACAAGUUAUUUAACUGGUAACAUACCGAUGUCGAUCGUAGCUGGUAAUUUUUCUGGUAGAAUUAGUCCGGAUCUCAUAGUGGUCAAUUAUGCUGAUAAUAAUAUUGGCCUAUUGUCCAAUAAUGGGUAUGGAAUCUUUCAACGUGCAAAAUUUACUUCAGUUGGCAGCAAACCCAUUUCAUUGAUAGCAGGUGAUUUUAAUAACGAUAACAAAUCAGAUGUUGCCGUCUGUAAUGCAGGCAAUAGCAGUAUCACUAUAUUAUUUGGUAAUCAAGCAGGAAGCUUUAGCCAUACGAUAACAUUCAACAUUAGUGUUAUUCCAUACUCGAUCAUAUCAAUGGAUUUCAACAAAGACAAUAAACUAGAUUUAGCUGUUGUUAGCCAAUUCAACAAUACUGUUAUCGUACUAUUCGGGAAUGGAGAUGGUAAUUUUACAUCUUCACAAAGCUAUUUUGUUGAACAAAAUCCAUAUUCAAUUACAUCAAAUGAUUUUAAUAAAGAUGGUAAUCUUGAUCUAGCAGUAGUCAGCUACAAUAGUGGUACUGUUAAUAUAUUGUUUGGAUCUCAAAAUGGUAUUUUUAAAUCCGGUCAGAAGUAUAUAAUUAGUUAUGGAAUAUGUUAUAUAAUAUCGGCUGAUGUCAAUAAUGAUACUUUCAUUGAUUUGGUAAUUUCUAAUUGUUUCAAUAACUCUAUCACUAUUCUAUUUGGUCAGUCAAAUGGAUUAUUCGCUAAUAAUAUUAGUUAUACAGUUGGUCUCUCUCCAACAUCAAUUGUAUCGGGUGAUUUUAAUUUCGAUGGACAACUUGAUCUAGCAAUAGCUUGUUUUAAUGACAAUACUAUCAGCUUAUUAAUUGGAAAUGGCAGUGGAACCUUUCAGCAUUUACCUGGAUAUGGAACUGGUUUAAAUCCUAUUUGUCUCGUAUCAGCUGAUUUUAAUAAUAAUUUAAGGCUUGAUCUGGCGAUAGUUAAUCAAGGUAUUAAUUCCAUAAGUUUAAUGCUUAGUGAUGUUAAUCGAAUCUUUCAAGCACGACGAACAAUCAACACUGGCUGGAAGCCUGUAUUUGUCUUAGCAAAUUAUCUCAAUAAUGAUAAUAUAUUAGAUUUAGCUGUGGUGAAUCAAGACGACAACUCUAUCAGUAUUCUAUUAGGUGAUUCAAAUGGUUUCUUUCAACUUCAAAAUACUUAUACGGUUGGAAAAACUCCAUCAUUUAUGUUGGCAGGUGAUCUAGACAAGGAUGGUAUACAAGAUCUAGUUAUAAUUAACAAAGGUAAUAAUAGCGUAAGUGUCCUUCUUAACAAUAGAACUGGAAUCUUUCGAUCAUAUAUGAACUAUACAGUUGGUGAUACACCAAUUUCUGCUGUAUUAAAUGAUUUUAAUAAUGAUAACAAUUUAGAUUUAAUAGUGACCAACUAUCUCAGUGCCAGUUUGUCAAUAUUUCUUGGAAACGCAGAUGGUACUUUUUCAACUAUGAAAAAUUAUAUUAUUGGUGGAUCUCCUUAUGCUAUUGUUGCACUCGAUUUUAACGAUGAUGCAAAACUAGAUCUUAUAGUGACCAAUUAUAUUCAGAAUACUUUUAAAUCGUUAGUGGGCUAUGGUGAUGGAACUUUUAAGAUAAAUAUCGAUCGUCAAACUGGUGUAGAUCCAGCUUCACUAGUCAUUGGCGAUUUUAAUAAUGACAAAAUGGUGGAUGUUGCCACAAUUAAUACACUUUCUAAUAAUAUUGGUGUUAGACUAAACUUGUGCACUAAAGAAAACUAA